GUCAAAGCUGUUCACACCUGUAGACUAUAAAUUUCGGCUUGGGCAUAUCUACCAUCGAUACAUUAUCGCUGCGUAUUCGAGAUUCACUAUAUCAUGGUUCAACAUACAGCAACACCAACCGCCAUGCAUAUUGGGGUUGGCGGUAGCAGACCAGAUACGAAUGACUACGAGAUUGCCAUGAUAUUGGCGAGGAACAUGGCACAACAAACUUCAAAUGACCCAUCUCCUAUAGCUACAUCUACGCCCGAAUCACCUGAUAGCGGUUGCGAUGGUAACAACGAACACGGACCAAAACGCAAGAGAGCUCGCACUGCCUUCAGUAACGAACAGGUUUAUAAAUUAGAGAAGAGAUUCCGAGCACAGAAAUAUUUAUCCGCCACUGAAAGGGAGGAUGUUUCUCGUUCUAUUGGACUAUCUGACACACAGGUAAAAACAUGGUUUCAAAACCGCCGCAUGAAGUGGAAGCGUGAACGAAAAGACGACGUCCCCGAUAUGUCGAUGUCACACGCUGGAAUGUACGCGCACACCACUCACAAUUAUAUGCAAUCCUAUCCGAUCAAUGGAGCAUAUCCGUCACAUCCUUGCAUGUCGAGCACCGCCUCAUCCAUCGGGUCCGUUCCCCAGCAACCACAACCGAUGACCACCAUGUCGCUUGCCAGUACUCCGAUGAUGCCAUCGUCGUAUUCAGUACCGUCUCCGUCGACAGCGACAUGUCCCACUACCUACUACCCGACAUAUCAUAGAAUGACGACGACGACCUCUCAUUCUGCCAUCGGGCAUUACAACUACAACAUGCCAUCUGCGCACCGCGCCAUGUACUAAGCUGAAAAAUAACCCAACACAUAAUACUAGUAGUGCAAUACUUUUGUUGUGAGAUACAUUGAGUUAUUAUUAUUUAUUUACAUUUUUGUUUUGUUACAAUUAAUAACGUCGUAUAUUGAAAUACAAGUUAUAUUUUUUGAACAAA